AUGCUUCGUCUGCCGCGACAUGGGCGCAUCGCACAUCGUGUCUAUAUAUGUUACUCGUUACCCGCUCCCACCUUGUCCACAAUCAUAAUCCUUCCACCCCGCCAGCGCUUCGUCUACUGUAGGCCCCCUACGAAUAGGCCUGCCCCCCGUCCCGAUCCUCAUUUGUUCCUGUGGCCGCCGUCCUUCGAAUACAAAAGGGCUGUCGUCGUCCAUAGACAAAGCAUUGUGUGCACUGCACAUAAGUUGUCUCAUCCCCCGUUGCGACCUGCAUCUGCCAAGGACGUAAAGGAGCCCUCAACCCACUCCAGUUUGCAAACCCUUGGGAACUUUGGAGCCUGCCUUGUUGGGCCAAGCACUUACACGUCCAUCAUGCAGACAGACAGACAUACAGACAGACAGACAGACAGACAUACGCUACUCCUCGUCACUCUCCCUUUUUUUCUCUCCUUCGGCCUCACCCGACCAUUCAAUCGGAUUGUCACUCGGCUUCUUUCUCUCUCGACCGACAGCAGAUGCGACGGCCGAGGCCCACCAUCCCAAGUCCCUAGUCGCUUAUGUCCAGCAGCGCCUUUCCAUUACUCGCAAGCCACCGUUAGGUCUUGGCCGUGCCGCAAGACACAGGCAUACCCCAGACGACGUGCCAACUGA